GCGAUUUGAUAGUGUUGUUACUCAUCGUGCACACACGUCCCUACGCACAAAUAAAUUUGCGCAAAGGUGGUAGUGAAGUUACAGGAGUUUUGCAAAGAGUUUUAUUAAGCUUAUCAAGGUUUCUGGUGAGGCUUCAAAUCUCUAACUAAUAGCGUCAAAUAUAGAGCGAAAUAAAUAAACAACUUUCCUCUUCUUCUGAUUCGAAAUCUAAAAAAUAAUAUGUCACUACGGAUCUUAUUGUGUGAAGUGAGGAACAAAUUCUGAGUGAUUUUUGUAGAUAAUUGAUAAUUGUUGAUAAUCUGUUAAAGUUUUUGGCGUGUCGUAAUACAGAAAACUUUUUAAAUAAGUCGUUUAAUUGGGAUGAAGAUGAUGGGAUCAAGUGAAACUCGAUAUUUCAGAAUUGAAUGAAUAAGUCGCUAAGUUGGCUUUUAGUCGGCCGUGUUGUUGUUGUUGUCGAAGGGUGAGAGUGAGAAUCAACAAGUUCCUCACAGUCUCAUCUUCACGGAUUGUGCUCAAAAGUUGUCUUGCCUUAAUUUAAAGCGAGUCAUCGUGUUUUCACGGCUGUGACGAAACAGUGUCUUAUUUUGCCUCUUCUUCUACUGAUCUGGUGACAGAGUGACUUAGUUCACACGAGACGGACUCAAUGGUUUUCUUGGUUAGUUGGCAAGAAUGUUGACUGAUCUCCUGCCUGCCUGGUCCAAUACACACGCAUAAUGGGCAACACUAUUAUUAUGAUUGUGUGAUGGCUAACAAUGCCCAGAACGGACUCUCCAACGGGGGAUAUACAUAAUCCUAAGCACUUCAUAAUAUUAAGAAGAGCAGAAAAACAAAGCCGAACUAAUCUGAGGAGAGAAAUACUUACUUACUUUACUUACUUGCAAUCUGAAAGCUUAACAUUCAUAAAACAUGAAUGAAUAAUGACACCAUUGUUUCAAAUAAAAUCCACAUUUAUAAUCUAGCAAAUGCGAGGUGUGGCAGUGCAUCAGAAAGUCGGCGAAGAAGAAGAAAAAGAGUUGAAAAAAGUGAUGUUUACCAAAUUUAAAAAGUUUUUGUGAUACCAUUUCUUCAAACUUGGAACGAAAAAAUAACCACUAAACAAGAGAAUACAUUAUCCAAACAAACGCUGCCAAACAAACCUGGUUUCUCACUUUGUAAAGGACAGAAAAUAAUAACUUAUUUUCCAACAAUUUGUGGUCAUGCCAGUGAAAUGAGUAAUUACUUGGAGUACAAAUAUGCGUGCACGGGAUUACGCUUGGUGGUGUGGUGUGGUCACCUUAAAUUGCAGUGAUGCUACUACUUUGUUUUUAUCUGUGGGCAAAACAUGUCUUUCUGCAUUGUUGUAACAGUUAAUGUGUCGAAACAAUAGUAAUUGUUUGUUUGUGAGGCAGAAAUACAUUCGUAACGUGCCGGAAUUAAAAAUUGCGAGACCAUUUGCUCCUUUUUGUAGUCAAUAAUUUAGCGUGUUUAAACGAGCAAGUUAAGAAUGAUGGUUAGUACAAAAAUAGCUAUAUUUCGUAAAAAAAUACUCAAGGUUUCUCAUGCACAAGACCCUUAAUUAUUAUGAAGCUGCAAGAAGAAAUUGGUUCAUAAGAAGAAAUAAAAUACAAGAAUAAUAGUCAAAGUUGGGGAAAGUUUCCACAAUAAAUUUUGUGCUUCUCUCCUGUUGCGUAAUACGAGUUGAUGGGAGCUCGGAAGAAGGAUGUCCAUCCACAUCGGUUCUGCUCUUCUCCAGUGAAAGUGAUUAACUCACACGAGAUUGAGAGAGGUCGGCCCUUCUUCAUUUCCAAAGUAAAUAAUGAGCAAAAAAUCCACAACACGGCCGGCAACAUGAGUAGCAGCAGUCACGGAGGCAACCUUGGGGAGGAAGAAUGGCAUCAAAAGUACGCCUUCAUUAUCAAUCUCCUUCGAAAACCUCAUGUCGUCCUCGUCAAAGAGAGUUUGAUCCGAGAAAGGGAAAAACUCAUCGACAAGUUGACAGCGUAUCGGUUGGAACGAAAUCUAGUCCGUGACAGUCUCAAAUCCCAUUCGAAUAAUCUGGGGUCAGACACAACUCCCAUCGCUCAGCAGCAGUCGCUGACCGCGCAAAUGAAGCAUUUGGAUAUGAUGUGCGUCACUCUGGAGAGACAAAUUGAUGUCUUAAGCAAUGUGGACCAAGCUCUCCCACCAACCGAGAACAUUUACUCCGGCGAGCCGGAUUCUCUUGACGGGACGAGCAGUGAGAUUAUGAUAAAUGAUGAUCUUAUGGACCCUCUCAACAACAAUGUGGGGCGAGUGGCGAACUGCAAUUUCCAAAUCAAUGGGAGGAGUCCCUUGGAUGCUUUGGCCAUGCUGCACUUGGAACGAUGUGCUCACCGAGAAACGCGUCGAGAGCUGACCCAACUGCACAAAAAGUACGAAGUGCUCAGAGACGAGUUUGACUCUGGAGAAGGGCUCAGCACGAGCCUCCUAUUUUCACGGAUGCAUGGCGAAUUGGAAGAGGACGACAUGUUUGGCGAGAGAGAAGGUGAAGGGACGACGGGAAUGUUGGAUGUGAACAAUAACGAGGAGAGCCGUUUGGCGGAGGAGACUCGGCUGAAGGAGAUGAUCAUUAACCAACUUCGAUCAAGACUCAUCCAUUUGGAGAAAGCUCGAAUGGACAAAGUUCCCGUGGACACUGCCCAAGAAAUUUCCAAACUCCAUUCCACUCUGGUGCAAUUAGAACGAGUCAGAGAUGAACUCACCUUACAAAAUUUUACGCUUAAAUCAAAACUCGCCGAGUUAUCUGCACGAAUCUCGGACAGCACGACGUACCGGUUGGAAAAGUCGGAAAAUGUGACUUCUCCCCCCACCGGUCACAGAACGGUGACGAUAAGCUCCGGGACAAAAACCGUCAUGCUCGCGUCAGCCUCCCCUUCGCCCACCCCGACCGGCUCGACUUCGUCAGACGAGGGUGUUGGGGGAAUCAACUCGACCUCAACUGGCUCGUCGUCUCAAGAGGAGCUCAAGCUGAGGAGAAAGUCAACAUAUAAAGUUGCCCAUACAAACAGCGAGGCUAAUGUCGAGUUGAAGCAGUUGAGGUCCUUAAUCAACGACCUGCACUCCAAGGAAGUCGAUUACCAGGCCCGCAUCCGCGAGCUGGAGUUGGAAUUGAGGAAUGCAAGGAAUCAAGAGUCAUGUAAAACCACCUACGAACGGAAUAUUCGGUCGCUGGAGGAUCGACUUGAAAGCACUCAGCGUAGGUUGGAGUCCGCCGAGAAAUGCAUUCUUGCCAAAGAAGAAGAAUCCUCGGCUCUCAAACUGGAUUUGGACACACUUAAUGAAGAGAAUAAAAGACUUAAGGGAGAUCUCAACGUUAUUCAUCUAAAAGUGGAAAAGGAGCACAACAAGUCAAUGGAGAAGAUAUUGAAAUUCGAGAAAGAAUUGGGCUCGAUUUUGGAGACAAAUCGCGUCCUCCAGGAAGACUUUUACCGAGAAAAACUAUUACGGAAGAGAUUCUACAAUAUGGUGGAGGAAUUGAAAGGAAAAAUCCGCGUGUUUUGCCGAAUCAGACCCUUGGCGAAGAAUGAGAAGGCCUCCGACGUGAUUGCCCAACCAUCCGACCCCUACACGGUAUCCGUCGACACUCCCAAAGGACACAAAGAGUUCCAAUUUGAUCGCGUCUUCACGCCCGAGGAGUGCCAAGAGCAAGUUUUCUGUGACACGCAGAACCUCAUCCAAUCCGCCUUUGAUGGGUACAACGUUUGCAUUUGUGCCUAUGGGCAGACAGGGAGUGGUAAAACGUACACCAUUCUCGGAGAUGAAAUCAAUCCCGGGAUUGCCCCGAGGACUUUCUCUGAGAUAUUUUCGAUUGCAAAGGAAACUUCCCAUUCAUACGAAACGACCGUUUCGUUCUACGUACUGGAAUUAUACAAUGACAAACUGAUUGACCUGCUCAACCCAAAUGGGACGGAUUGUGAUCGAUUAGAAAUCAGGAAGGAUCGACGCGGCACGGUUUGGGUGGCAGGUGCCCGAGUGCUCCCAGCGGAAGACAGCGUGAGUCUAAAUCAAUGUUUUAAGCAAGCUCUGAACUCUCGCCACACCGCGUGCACACGGAUGAACGAAAGGAGCUCGAGAUCUCACCUUAUAAUUGGACUUGUUAUUGAAUCCACCUCCAAAGUUAAUGGAACCGUCCUCCGCGGAAAGAUAAGUUUGGUGGACUUGGCUGGGAGUGAAAGGACUGGAAAAUCUGGAGUUUCCGCUGAUACGUUGCGAGAGGCGAACGCAAUCAACAAAUCUUUGUCAGCUUUCGGCGACGUUAUUAAUGCCUUAACUAGCGACCAAUCAUUCGUGCCAUACAGAAAUAAUAAGUUGACCCUCCUCAUGCAAGACAGUCUGGGAGGAAACGCAAAAACGCUCAUGUUCGUUAACGUGUCGCCAUCCAAUUAUAAUGUGGACGAGACGAUAAUGUCCCUCACGUAUGCGACUCGGGUGAAACAGGUUACGAACGGGGCGACGCGAAACGCCGAGUCGAAGGAAGUUGCUCGACUUAAAAAUGUGAUCAAUAAACUCCGGCGGGGUGAUCCUAUUCCUUCUGAUUUUGAAGAUAUUUGACAGACUCUGGCUUUCUCUGUGUGUCACCAGGAUACCAAAAAGUCCUAGGAGACCUACCUCGCCGGUCAUCAGUCGAUGUCGUCGUCUGUUCUUGGUGUAAUCAACCGCACGGAUGAUGCCUGGUGACAGGUUUCCAUGCAAGAGAGAGAGAAUUGUGGAAUAUUUCAUGUCCCUAAAUGUCGCAUGAUGGUGAAAAUUUGAUAAGUCAGGGAAAGUUGGGAACAUUCUUGAUAAGUGUGAAUGGAAGUUUAUACAGUAUCUUGUAUGACAUGUGUGGGGCAUUGAAAUCUACCAUAUUGUUGUAUUCCUUUUUAUAUUGUGUUAUUUGUCCUGUACAUAGUUAUGCGGUAUGCAUAGAUUUUAUGCAAAAUAAAAAAAUAUUUGCAUAUUAAAAAAAUCAAAUAGUAUGCGAA